AUGGAUUGGUUAACAAAGCCCUUGUCAUUUGCGGAUUGUGUUGGGGAUGAAUUGCCAUGGGGAUGGGAAGCCGCAUAUGAUCCUCAGAUUGGUGUGUACUAUAUUGAUCACGUAAACCAAACAACUCAAAUAGAAGAUCCCAGGAAACAAUGGCGGCAAGAACAAGAGAGAAUGUUAAAAGAUUAUCUUACAAUAGCCCAGGAUGCUCUCAGUACCCAGAAGGAACUGUACCAGGUGAAAGAACAGAGACUAGCACUUGCACUGGAUGAGUAUGUACGGUUGAAUGGUGCCUACAAAGAAAAAUCAAGCUCUCGUACAAGCUUGUUUUCAGGCUCUUCAUCAAGCACAAAGUAUGACCCUGACAUUCUGAAGGCUGAAAUCUCCACUACAAGAUUAAGGGUUAAGAAGCUGAAGAGGGAGCUCUCUCAGAUGAAGCAAGAGCUGCUGUACAAGGAACAGGGCUUUGAAACACUGCAACAAAUUGACCAAAAAAUGUCUGGAGGCCAGAGCGGGUAUGAACUGUGUGAGGCCAAAGCUAUCCUGAAGGAACUGAAGUCCAUCAGAAAGGCGAUCAGUUCAGGCGAGAGAGAAAAACAAGAUUUAAUGAAGAGUCUUGCAAAGCUGCGGGAGAARUUCAGUAUUGACCAAACCACUGAAACAUCUGAACCAGACUUAAGUUCUAGCUGUGUAAACUCCCAGGUUUGUUUCCCUAGACAAACUCUGGAUACAGGGUCUCAAACUGACAUUUCUGGUGAGAUUGGAGCAAGAAGUAGAUCGAAUUUAGCAGAGAAGGUCAGACUCAGUCUGCAGUACGAAGAGGCCAAGCGCAGCAUGGCUAAUUUGAAGAUUGAACUCUCUAAGCUAGAUAGUGAAGCCUGGCCUGGAGCACUGGAUGUGGAAAAGGAAAAACUGAUGUUAAUCAAUGAGAAAGAAGAGCUUUUGAAGGAACUCCAGUUUAUUACACCACGCAAACGUACGCCAGAUGAGCUAGAGCAGCUAGAAGCAAAAAGGAAGAGGCUUGAGGAAGAGCUGGUGUCUGUGAAAAGCACACCUAGUCAAGCACUUGCUGAAAGAUUAAAAUUGGAAGAGAGAAGAAAAGAGUUAGUACAGAAACUUGAAGAAACCACAAAGUUAACUACCUACCUGCAUUCACAACUUAGGAGCCUCUCAGCCAGUACGUUAUCUGUGUCUUCAGGGAGCAGUCUGGGAUCCCUGGCAUCCAGCCGGGGGUCUCUGAACACCUCGAGCAGAGGGUCACUAAACUCACUCAGCUCCACGGAUCUCUACUACAACCAAGGCGAUCAAAUUUCAGAUCUGGACUAUCAGUACAAACUUGAUUUCAUAUUGCAAGAGAAAACUUCUUACAUUCCUUCGGGGCCUAUCACUACUAUUCAUGAAAAUGAAGUGGUCAGUUCCCAUAGGAGACUAGGUUACAGUGACUCUCCUUCAGCUGCAGAUCAUCCCAAAUUGACUGAACCUCCCAAAUCUGUGACAUCACUGUCUUCCAGGUCCUCACUCUCCUCCUUAUCCCCUCCAGGCUCCCCCUUGGUUUUAGAAGCUGCAUUUUCAGUGUCAGCUCAAAAUUCCCCUCUGCAUCACCUCACUACGGACUUUGAAGACUCUGACCUUUCAGGUGAUUUUGCAGGCAUAAACUUCUGUGAGAACCAAAUAUUAUUGGACUCUGAAGCCAGAGCAGGAUCUCAGAUUCCUACAGAUGAUAAAGAUCUAAAUGUUAGGCAGCCUCUGCCUUCUCUUCAUGAAGGAAGUUCAGGUGUUGAUUUACCAAGACAAACAGCUGGUCAUCUGCUUGAGGAGAAAACAGCUUGUGUGUCUGCUGCUGUGUCUGAUGAGUCUGUAGCUGGAGAUAGUGGUGUAUAUGAAGCUUCUGUGAAACAACCAAAUGAAACUGAGGAUAUUGUAUAUAGUGCAGAUGAUGCAACAACUCUAGAGGCUGCUCARGUACAAAUAGGACUCAGAUAUGACCAUGGCAAUUCGAGUUUUGUGGUGAUCAUAGUACGGCUUAGAAAUCUUCCAGCAUUUUGUGUCCCCCUUGGCUCUAAGGUAUAUGUUAGAGUAGCAGUACUUCCAUCCUCCACCGAUAUCAGCUGUCUGUUCCGUACUAAAGUUCAUCCUGCCAUGGAAACCAUUUUAUUCAAUGAGAUAUUCAGGGUAGCCAUUUCUCCAGUAACACUGCUACAGAAGACACUGAGAAUAGAUGUUUGUGCUGUCAGUAGAAGUCGUCGGGAAGAAUGCUUGGCUGGGACUCAGAUCAGUCUGGCAGAUUUAUCACUUUCUGAUGAAACCUGCACUGUGUGGUACAACCUGUUGCCUUGCAAGCAGAUUCCUGGCAAAAAACCCAAGGAACAAAGUGAGGAAUACAUAUUUCUGUUAAGCAAGCAGUCACAAUCAUUGGACUCACUGGACUUGGAUGCCGUAUCAGCUCUGCUGGAGAGGACAUCUGCUGAGCUGGAAGCAGUAGAACAAGAAUUGGCUGAGGAUGAGGAGAAGGAAAAGGAGCAAAGGGCCUCCGAGGAAGACUGGCUAGAGAUGCUUGCAGAGGCCUCUGAUGAAAUCGCGGAUGAAGAGGAAGAUGACAUUAAGCUGGCAGUAGAAGGCAACUGUACUGAUGACACGAGGUUACUCAUGGAUGCACCAGAAAUUAAUGAAGACAAGAACAGAGAGAGAAGUGAUGAGCCUCAUGAAAGCCAGCAAGCUGCUGUAAUACUAACACUGGUUGAUAAAGAGACUAACACUGAGGAAUUGGUUAAUGAGAACACACCAGUCCGGCCCAAGGAUAGAGGCAGCUGGAGCUCCAGACAGCGUCCCUUUGUCAGGAACAGCAUGAUAGUGCGCUCCCAAACCUUCUCUCCAGGCGAGCGGAACCAAUACAUCUGUAGGUUGAAUCGCAGUGACAGCGACAGCUCCACAUUGGCCAAAAAGUCUCUCUUUGUGAGAAACGCCACAGAACGACGGAGCCUGAGAGUUAAACGGCCUGUUUGCCAGCCAAUCAUGCGAAGAGCUGCGCAAGAAUGCCCCAUGCGCACUUCCCUGGACUUGGAGCUGGACCUGCAGGCAUCACGCACAAGACAGAAUCGUCUCAAUGAUGAGCUCCAGGCCUUGCGGGACCUUAAACAAAAGCUUGAGGAAAUGAAAAGUAGAGGAGAAGCAGACCUUCCYCUGUGUGUGCUAGAGGAUGAACGUUUCCAGAAACUGUUGAAACAAGCUGAAAAACAGGCUGAGCAGUCAAAAGAAGAGCUUAAACAAGGUUUAAGUGCUGAGAAAUUGAUGAGGAAAGCUUCUAAGGAUGUGUGCCGGCUACGGGAGCAGAGCCAGAAAGUGCCACUGCAGGUGCAGUCAUUCAGGGAGAAGAUAGCAUACUUCACAAGAGCAAAGAUCAGUAUAUCAGCCCUUCCAGCUGAUGAUGUAUAAUUAUUCAUUUUCAUUGAAGUGUUUUUCCACUUGUUCAUCUCUUUUCAGAUGAGCUUUGUAGUUCCAGUGAUGUACUUUCAAAGAUCUUCUAUUUUACAUUCUCUAUUGAUAUGUUUAUUUGUAAAAUAUAGUGGACUGAAUUGUUAUAAGCUUAAAAAAUAGAAAAAAAAAAAAAAACCCAACAAACAGAAAACCAAAGUAGAUUCAUUUUGGUAUACUCAUGCUGAUUUUGUACAGUUUGUGUGUAUCCCAUCUGUGUUUUUAUUUUGUAAAGGUGGAACAAAGGCAGUACUGAGCAUGUAUCCUGUUGAACUGCACUGUGUUGAGAAAAAUUAUGUUCAACAGAUAAUUGUUUAUCUUUUCACUAUUUUCGUGUGAGCAGACUGUGAAGAUGGCUGUUUUGCCAUGCAAUACUUUUGUAGAAGAGUGUAACUUUUAUAGUUUAAAGUUAAACACAAGCACAAGCUCCUUUCUAAAACAUCCAGGCUGCCUCACAAAAGCUGCUGAUUAGAUUCAUCACCCACAUUGUAAUUUUGUUUCUGAAAAUAAAUUUCUUCUGGUUUGGUUUUUUAAUACUUAGUAGGAAGACACAGAGUUCAGAGUUUAGUUUUGUGAAUGUACAGUACUUUAACCUGCACUAAAAGGUUUCUUGCAUCUGCAGGAGAGUGAGAAAGCAAGGCAGACAAGUAACCCUAAAAACUUACUUUGAGACUACCAAAWGGGGCAGCUGCUUUUUGAACAGGAUGAAUCAAAUUCAUAAUACCAGCAUUGAAGUCAGAAUAGUUAUACCCACUGUGCACUUAAAAAUGAGAAUUUCUCUCUGUUAAUCCUUUUUCCUAGGGGGCUGUCUGAUUGCCAGCUAGGAAUACAUGAAGGAGUGUGCUAGGUUUACAGAUCUGAAGAUGCUUCAUUAAAGUAUUGKUACAAAAAAAAAAUCUCUCACAUGCUAAUUCAGAUAUCAGAAGUCCUCUUGGUAAGGUAAACCCUUUCUGAAAAAGAAAAGCUCCUGACUAGAAGUCUGCACAAAUUUCAGUACAAAAAAUAACAAUUUUUAAAAUAUACAAUUGACUCUGUAUGCAGUUGRGGGUGCACAGGUUUAAUGAAUAGACAUGGAAUAUGUCUUACUUGCUUCUUCCUAGCAGGCUGCUUCAUCGGAAGGCAACUUGGAUGCCUUCUGUUAGAAGUUCAGAACAUUGAAURUAGGUGUUGAAGCAGUCCUGUCUUGGUAAAGCAGUUGGGGUCAACUUCUGUGGGUAUGGUGUAAGUAGGUGGAUAUUGCAGAGGACAGAAAUMUUUCAUUUUCUACAUAGUGUGAGGUACUCAGAUGUAUGUCAUUCAAUAGCUGCAGUUUUCCUCCCCAAGCAUAAGUCCCAUUGCCCCAUGGACUUCAAGUUUCAGAAAUGCUGUAAUUACUUGGUGAGCAAAUUGAAACAAUGUAACCACAAUAUGGCAGCAUCUGUCUUAGAUUCAAAGUGACAAUUCUGUGAUGAGAGGUCUGUGUAACACCCAAGGGUUUUCUUAUGCACAAAUACGUAAGUUCACUAGAAUAUAAAGCCACUCAUGCUAUUUUGACCAAGAUGACUGAUUGAACAUCCUUUAUGAAUGCCCCAUUUGUUUUUUGUGUCUUGGGUUUGAGAUAACGUUCAUGUUUGAAAGGUCAAUUAAAAGAAAAAAAAAUCUGGAAUUAUUUAAUGGAGAGGUGAAAUGAAUGAAGCUUGACAGUUUCAACUUCUCAAUUUUAUUAUAUAAGGUGGUUGUAGAAUGACGUUUAGAGGUCUACUUUAUGAUUUUUCUUUUAUUUAUUUACAAUCUUAAUUAUGUUCUGUUUAAUAUAGUUCAGUUCUGGCCAUAAAAAUAUUUGUCAUGAAGAAUGCUAUGUGAAAAAUACUUUGAGGUGUCUAAAUUCUUGCCCAGGUAGCURGUUUUUGUCAAGUGUUGAAUAAUUUUUUUUAAAAAAAGUCUUAUUGUCUGAUUUGUAAGCAUAAGGUUAAGUAAAAACUUCAUUAUUGCUGGCUUCAACCUGCAAAACUCCUUUAAAAAUGAGAGACAGACAUAUUCAUGCUCUUUGUUUUCCAGAUUGGUAAAAUUGAACAUAUUUAUAAGCAGCUUUUAACAAUUCAGAGUUUGGAGUUUGAGGGUUUUUUUACUAAUUCAGCUUAUCACACUUGAAACACUCAAUAGAAUAAGCUAAAAACAAURUAUACAAGUAAACUCCCAUCAUCUUAAAGUGAUAAAUAUUGCUCUUGCAGUGAAAUUUACUCUGCACAGCAGGGUAUAACGAAUGUAAUUAGUUCUUUUGCCAGGUACCAAUGUCACUGCAGUUGCAUAUAUCAAAAUGUAGAUAUUACUGGUACAAGAAUAUUUAGCCAAAUGAGCAAAGAUUAGCAGAAAUUGUAAUAGAACACAAAUCAAAUAAUUUUAAGAAUAUUUUUCUUUUUACUGUUGCUAUGUUUAUACCGUAUUAAAUAUCAAGUGCUCAGGACUGAACUAAAUAUUUAAUCAGGUUAUAUUCUGAAUGUGUUUCUGUUCUAAUUUUGUCUGUAAGAGUAUGCAAGUACUUUACAUAGAUUAACUUGUCUCUGCACUUUUUCAUGUGUUUCAGUGAUUGGA